UGCUUGUUCUUCAGGUUGAAUGUGGAAUCUUGAAUAUCUUAGAUUGGACUAUCCUAAGAUGUGUUUCCAGAGUUUGAAAGAGGGGGAAUGUCGAUGGAAUAAAGAUAAAUAUCAGUGGCUGCUGACUGAUGCUGCAAAUAUUGAGUUUCCCUUCUCCUUUUGCUUGUUUUUUCCCUGUUUGCCCAUCUCUUCUACUAUCCAAUUUUAUUUUGUAACUUUAUUGUUUUUGCAGAUUAGGUGUUCGUCAUGUGGCACAUGUAUACGAGCUGAGGUUUGUUGUGAGUCGAGGACAUGGUUAUGGGUGAAGCUGUACAAAAUGUUGAGUGUGGAAUCUUGAAUAUCUAUGGUUGGACUAUCGUAGAAUGUGUUUCCGAGUUUGAAAGAGGGGGUUUCUUCCUUAUUUUGCUUUGAUGUGUAUUACCUUAUUAAGUACAAUUAUUUUGUGGAAUUUAUUUUGAUAUUAUACUCUGGUAUUCUUACUGGUGAAGUUUUUGAAUUAUUGUUGCUUUAGGAAUGUCGAUGGAAUAAAGAAAAAUAUAAGAUGCUGUUCUGAUGCUGCAAAGAACUCAUGAUGUGGCACAUGUAUACGAGUUAAGGUUUUUUUACCUUUAUUAUUUGCUUUAUCAUUGCUUCAAAUUAUGUUUUACGUUAUUGUGUUUGUACGUCUUCUAAAAAUAUUUCUUGGUGUUUAAAAAAGUAGGUACAUAAUUGAAAAAAUGAGUUCUCCCCCCCCCCUUUUUUCUUCCACAUCAUUAAUUCUAAUUCACUAGUAUUUAUAGUAAGACAUACUCUUUUGUAGUACUG